AUGGCUUCUUUCCUGUUUAAAACACUUAUACUACUCUCUGCAAUAUUGUUCACAUCUUCGUCUUCGUCUUCGUCUUUGUCUUCGUCUUCGCUGAAUAUAAACGCCGCGCAAGUUGAAUCUAUAAGAUCUGUAUGCAAAUCAACGCCAUACCCAGAUGUUUGUUAUAAUUCAAUGAAGCUUUCCAUUUCAAUAAACCUAAACCUAACAACCCUCAUCGAUUUCGCCCUUCAAUCUCUAAACAUUGCAGCAAAAGAAGCCGGAAAGUUGACAGAUCUAAUCUUGGAAGCCGGGAAUUCGCAACAAAUAGUGGAGAAACAAAGGGGAGCUAUCCAAGAUUGCAAGGAACUCCACCAAAUUAGUGUCUCUACCAUCCAGAAAUGCAUGUCACGAAUUCAUCAAACGACGGUGGUUUCCCACAUGGUAUCAGACGCCAAGGCGUACCUAAGCGCGGCUCUCACCAACAAGAACACUUGCUUGGAAGGUCUUGAAUCUGCAACGGGUCCACUGAAACCGGUUCUUGUGAAUGGACUCGUUAGUACCUACAAUCUCGUUAGCAAUUCGCUUUCGAUAGUGUCAAAGAUGCAGGAAGGGGGACAGACACAUCAAGAAGAGAAAUCCAAUGGUGGGCGGCGUUUGAUGGGUUUUCCGGUGUGGAUGAAGAGGAGGGAUCGGAGGUUAUUGGAAUUGGGGGUGGGGGAGAAGAACGAGUACGCUACCGGUGAUGAGCUGACGGUGGCUGCCGACGGCACAGGAAAUUUUAAGACUAUCACGGAGGCCAUAAAUUUUGCACCAAAUAAUAGCUACGACGUCAGGACAAUUAUUUACGUGAGGGAAGGAGUAUAUCAAGAAAAUGUGGAGAUUCCGAGCUAUAAGCCUAACAUUGUUCUACUGGGAGAUGGGGCUGAUGUCACUAUGGUUACCGGUAAUAGAAGCGUGGGUGAUGGAUGGACUACUUUCAGGUCUGCUACGCUUGCGGUCUCUGGCGAUGGGUUCAUGGCAAGAGAUAUAACCUUUGAGAACACAGCUGGACCAGAAAAACAUCAAGCAGUAGCUCUACGAGUGAACGCCGAUCUCACUGCAGUCUACCGGUGCGUCAUCAAUGGGUACCAAGAUACCCUAUACGUGCAUUCAUUUCGCCAAUUCUACAGAGAAUGUGAUAUUUCAGGUACUGUGGAUUUCAUAUUUGGUAACGCAGCUGUAGUGUUCCAAGCCUCAACUAUCAUCGCUAGACUGCCCUUGCCCGGCCAAUUCAACGCCAUUACAGCUCAGUCCAGAGACAACUCAGAAGAGAACACCGGAAUCUCUAUCCAGAAUUGCAGCAUUGUAGCCUCUGACGACUUGUAUAACAACAACAAUAGUACCACUUCCAAUACUAUCAAGAGUUACCUUGGAAGGCCAUGGAGGAUCUAUUCCAGAACCGUCUAUUUAGAAUCUUACAUUGAUGAUUUCAUCGAUCCAGCCGGUUGGAUUGAGUGGUCAGGUGAGUUGGGUUUGGAUACACUGUAUUAUGGCGAGUAUGAUAACAGUGGGCCUGGAUCUGGAGUUGAGAACCGGGUCACUUGGCCUGGCUAUCACGUUAUGGAUUACGACGAAGCCUCCAACUUCAUCGUCUCACAAUUGAUUACAGGUGAUGAAUGGCUCGACUCCACUUCGGUCCCUUACGAUAAUGGAGUAUGGCAUAUGUAUGUAUAUUAUGGGAGAGAGAACGCCACCCGGUCGUGCGUUGUGGCGUGUACCUGUCGCUCAGAUACAGCCUGA